GUACUGCAACUCUUUUUUAAGCUUUUUAAUUCUGCUAUUGAAUCUUGUGUUUUUCUCUUUCUCUUUGCAGCUGUUAAUGAUGCCCAAUGUUUGCUGCCGUUCUGAUCAUUAAUCCAUAAAAUCAUCCCUCGGUUAUCGAUAACAGCAACGCAUCCCCGCACGUUGCUCAACAAUACUUCAACCUCACUUGCAGCCCAAUUUUUUCUCCCUUUUCUCCUUUUCUUCGGCGAUUACUUAGCACCAGAACAAUUCACAAUGUCCAAGGCUAUUUUUCUCGGCACUAUUGAUGGCAAACCCGGUAAGCCCGGUCAGGUCUACUAUCCUCUCUCCCUUCAAACCCUGCCUCGACCUACCCCGCAGGGACGAGAGCUGUUGGUAAAGAUCACAGCAGCAUCUCUCAACCACCGCGAUGUUUUCCUCCGUCAGCAUCUCUAUCCCGGUGUGACCUUUGAUGUGCCGAUGGGUGCAGAUGGCGUGGGUACCGUUAUCGGUGCCGGUCCCGACGUGACGGCCCCCGAACGAUGGCAGGGGAAGCGGGUUAUUUUGAACCCAGGUACGGGUUGGAAGGACUCUCCUGAUGGACCAGAAGAUCCCAAGGGAUACCGCAUUAUGGGUGGUACCAAAGUUUACAACCAGGGAACGUUGCAGGAAUAUCUGACAAUUGAGGAGUCGGAGGUCGAGGAGGCUCCCGAGCAUCUGUCUGAUGCAGAGGCUGCUGCUCUGCCGUUAACUGGGUUGACUGGAUGGAGAGCUCUAGUGACAAAGGCUGGGGAAAGGAACUCGGGCAAAGGCGCUGCCGUUUUGCUGACGGGUAUUGGCGGCGGUGUUGCGUUGAUCGCACUCCGUUUUGCGGUGGCCAGAGGUGCCGACGUUUACGUGACAAGCUCAAGUCAGGAGAAGAUCCAGAAGGCAGUCGAGCUCGGCGCUAGGGGAGGUGUGAGCUACAAGGAAGAGGGAUGGGAGAAGAAGCUGUUGGGACUGCUCCCAGCUGGCAAGUCAUCGUUUGAUGCCGUUAUCGACGGUGCUGGUGGGGAUUCGGUAGAAAAGGCAGUCAAGUUACUCAAGCCUGGUGGUGUUCUCUCCGUCUACGGGAUGACCGUUUCCCCCAAGAUGCCUUUCACAAUGCAAGCCGUUCUCAAGAACAUCGACGUUCGUGGUUCGACGAUGGGCUCUCGCCAGGAAUUCAAGGAGAUGGUUGAUUAUGUCAAGGCAAAGAAGAUUUACCCGGUGAUUUCGCGUGUUGUGAAAAGCGAGCUGGAUGAUAUUGCGAGUCUCGAUACGCUUUUUGAGGAUAUGAAAGCGGGUAAGCAGUUUGGCAAGCUCGUGUUCGAGUUUGGAAAGGCUUCGGAGAGUAAGCUGUGAUAUAUCGGGGGUCAUAUGGCAGGUUGCCUUUAUGUAGACGGUUCAAAUUCCCUAAUGAAGAGACGAGAUUAACAUCCAUGUCAUUGAAAUGUUGUUUUGCCUGGAAAAUGGAAAGAGUUCUGGGUGUUCCUUCCUGUUACGACUCAUGAUACCUUCGACUUCCAUUGCUGGCUAAGAAUAACAACAUCCAAGAACCAGUAUAGCUCCCAUUCUUUAACCCAGCACGACGUCUAUUCGAUACGACACAGACUUAUUUCACUCAUUGGAUAUUUGUUACCUUACGAGUUAUCAGGAUGUCAUCCAUGAGUGUCGACACGGUCGAGUUGUACGGCCCUGGGAUGUCCUUCUAUCUAUCCAAGCCC